GCAACAGAAUGCCAAAUUACAAUUCCUUAAACACAAUUCAUGGGAACUUCGAAGAACAAAGACCAUCAUCUACAGAGUACCGAGAUAGCUUCCGCUUGGAGCUCCUCUGGCUUCCCCAAGUUGGGAAGCUGCCCACCCAGGUCCUCACAACAGCCUUUCAAGUCCUUCCCUCAGUCCUCAAAUUUAGAAAGAGUAACGGGCAAGUUCAUUCCACCGUCCUACCUAAUGCUGGCUUCAAAAGGUUGAAAUACAGCUGGAUCCCCCCCGGGCCUGGAACGGUUUCUUGUGCACAAGUGACUCACAAGAUCCAAUAGCUGAGAACAUCAUCGUCAUCAUCAAUCUAGAGAAAACUAACUACAAUGAACUGAAUUGCUCAUCUACAAACGCACAGACUGCCUGGCUUGAAGAAGAGCAGCUGAACACAUCAUGGAUAUUGUUCUAUUGCCUGAUUUCUGUCCAGAAUAUUUCUGUACACUCCCCUCAGGGAUAUCCUUUAAUGAAACCAUAUCAGUAGCAUGCAUGGGUGUGGGACUGCACCCUACAUUGUACACAGAUGUAGGAUGUACUGCACCCAACAGUUGUGGUAAACCUUGCAUGCCUACCUCUGCCAGGUGUGCAGCAGCACGCUUGCCGGUGCCAGCACAGCUCAAGCCUUUGACACAGACACGCGCCAG